CAUUUCGCAAACUCAAAAAAACGACGACGGAAAAGAAAAAGGCAGUUCUUUUUGUCGGUUACAAUAAAUCUUUUCUUUAGAUAAUGUGACUCAUUUACUGUUUAUCCUGUCAGUGCUUAAUUAAUAAAGUUUUGUCGCGAAGACUCGGCGAAGAUAGGUUUUUAACGAGAAGAAAAAAAAAUUGACAAAGAGCUGAAUAGUUAAUUAAAACUGACACACCUUCAAAAUGGAGGAUGAGAAUGAGUAUAAGAAGUUGCCGACCGACGACAAGUGUGUCCACAAAUUAUGGAAAGCCCGAUUGGCGGGGUAUGAAGAAGCCAUCAAACUAUUCAAUCAGAUUGAUGAUGAAAAAUCACCGGAGUGGAACAAAUACCUGGGACUGAUUAAGAAGUUCGUCACAGAUAGCAAUGCAGUGGCACAGGAAAGAGGUCUGGAGGCAGCACUGGUGUUCGUAGAAAAUUGCGGACAUGCCGGCAAGACGGCCGGCGAGGUGAUGUCAGGCAUCGUCGCCAAGUGCAUAGCCGCGCCCAAAACGAAGACUAAAGACCUUGCCUUGCAGGUGACACUAAUGUACGUAGAGAUAGAGAAACACGAAGUAGUCGAAGAGGAACUCCUAAAAGGCAUGGAGCAUAAGAACCCUAAGAUUGUGUCGGCCUGCACCGCGGCAUUGAACACGGCCCUCAAGCAGUUCGGCAACAAAGUCAUAGCCAUCAAGCCUAUGGUGAAGAAGAUACCGAUACUGUUGGCAGACAGGGACAAAGGCGUGAGGGACGAGAUGAAAGCGCUGGUCGUUGAGAUGCACAGAUGGAUCGGUGCCGCCAUAGAGCCUCACAUCGCCUCUCUCCAAGCGGUGGUGCAGCAAGAACUCCGCGAAUCCUUCAGCGCGGGCGGCGGCGCUUCGCCCACCAGAUACCUGCGGUCCCAGCAACACAGGGUUAGGGACACAGCUACUGCUGACUCCACUGAUGGCGCGGCCGAAGAUGAAGACGCCGAGACAGGCGGCGGCGACUCCGGUGACAUGGACCCGUACGACCUAUUAGACCCCGUGGAGAUCCUCUCCAAGAUCCCCAAGGACUUCUACGAUAAAUUGGAGGCGAAGAAAUGGCAAGAGAGAAAAGAGGCCCUGGACUCCCUGGACAAUCUGCUCAAAAGCGCACCCAAAUUGGAACCGGGAGAUUACGCUGAUCUGGUUCGAGCUUUGAAAAAGGUGAUAUCCAAAGACACGAACGUCAUGCUAGUCGCGCUCGGCGGGCGUCUGCUCGGCGCAUUAGCCCUGGGUCUGCGCGGGCGCUUCCAGCCUUAUGCAGUCGCGUGCGUGCAGGCCAUCCUCGACAAGUUCAAGGAGAAGAAGACCAACGUGGUGGCUGCACUACGGGAGGCCAUCGACGCUAUAUACCCUUGCACGAACCUUGAAAACAUAAUGGAAGAUAUGAUGGCAGCGUUCGACAACAAGAAUCCAUCAAUCAAAGCGGAGAGCGCGUUAUUCCUAGCAAGAGCGCUGUGCCUCACGCAACCGGCUGCAUUCAAUAAAAAACUGAUCAAGGCGUAUGUUGCUGGACUGCUGAAGUUGUUGGAAAGCGCUGACCCAUCGGUCCGAGACGCGGCCGCCGAAGCCCUAGGCACCGCCACGAAGCUAGUCGGAGAGAAGAACAUCGCGCCGCAUAUUGGCAAGCUUGACAACCUCAAGGAACAGAAGAUCAAGGAGUUUGCUGAUAAGGCGGUGAUCCAAGUGAAAGUCGCGGCUCCGAAGAAAGAAGCCAAGCCGAAGGCGGCCGUGGCGCCGUCAGGCAAGGGCGACGCCAAGCCCAGCGCUGGGUCUACACAACCGAAGCCUGUCAAACGCCCAGCUUCUGGCGCAGUGAAGAAAGCCGGCGUGGGCGGCGCCAAGAAGUCGCCGGCGGCGCGCGCGCAACCUAGCCCGCCGCGCGAGCACGAGCUGUCGCCCGAGGAAGUGGACGCCAGGGCUGAAAUGCUCUUCACCCCUGACAUCCUUACAGGCCUAGGGGACAGCAACUGGAAAAACCGUCUCACAGCAGUCCAAGGCUUCCACUCCACCGUCCAAGGACUGAGCAGCGCCGAUGCGCAAGCGCAAGUGUUGUACCGCACGCUCAACAAGAAGCCUGGGCUACGGGACACCAAUGUGCAGGUGCUACGCGCACGACUGGAGGCAUGCAAGCACAUCACCGAGAACUUCCCCGUCACCACGACAGCGGCAGACUUCGUCCUCCAAGACGUGGUGACCAAGCUAGGCGAGGCGUCGUGCACCGCCAUAUCUGCGGAAUGCCUUACUUGCCUUGCGGAGGCGUGUGGCUUGGAGCACAUAUUGAAUGAGGGCCUGACCUUUGCCAUGGAUUCCCAGAAGAACCCCAAGGUCCAGGCCGAGAUGUUCAACUGGAUGUCCAAUGCUAUCAAGGAGUUUGGAUUCUCCAUGAACAUACGGUCCAUAGUCGCGCACUGCAAAAAGGCUCUCUCAGCAACAAACCCCAACGUUCGCACAUCCACGGUGAACUUCCUGGGCAUUCUGUCGCUGUACGUCGGGCCGUCGCUCAUCAACCAUUUCGACAGCGAGAAGCCGGCCACCAAGCAACUCAUCAGCUUGGAGCUGGACAAAUACGCGAAUAGCACGCCGCCCACGCCUACUAGGCAGUUGGGGACUGUCAGUAAGUCUGCAAGCAAAGGCUCCAUGGGCGACGACAUCGAAGAAGCGUACGAGGACGCAGCUGAAGACGAACCGCCGGUCGUUGAGGACUCCAGACCGCGCACCGACAUAGCGCCUCUUAUUACGGAUGCCCUUGUAGCUGAAAUUAAUGAUAAGAACUGGAAGGUCCGCAACGAAGCGCUGGACAAGCUGAAAGCCAUCAUCACCAACUCGUCUCCCAUCAAGCCUUCCCUCGGCGAGUUGCCCGCAGCGCUCUCCGCUCGGCUACUCGAUUCAAACUCGAAGCUGGCUCAGAGCGCGCUGCACAUCUGCGAGUCGCUCGCCAGCGCCAUGGGACCCAAGUGCAAGACGCACGUGCGGACCUUCUUCCCGGCCUUCUUCCAAGCUUUCGGAGACAGCAAGCAAUGGAUCCGGACGUCUGCCGUGUCAUGUGUAGAGACAUGGUGCCGCGAGGCGGGACCUCAGGCGCCCUUCGACGGAGAAAUGGUGUUCGACGCCCUCAAGGCUGGCUCGCCGGUGCUUAGGGCUUCGCUCCUACAGUGGCUGGCGGAGCACUUGCCUAAUGUGCCAGCCAAGUCGUUUCCUCGCGAGGAGCUGUCGCUAUGCGUGCCAGUGCUGUUCGCGUGUCUCGAAGACCGCGCGGCUGACGUGCGUAAAGCUACUGCGGACUGCGUGUUCCCUUUCAUGCUGCACCUGGGCUACGAGGCCAUGCACAAGCAGCUGGACAAGCUGAAGCCCGGAUCAAAGUCAGUGGUACAAGCGGCGCUAGACAAGGCGCGUCCCAAUCUUCCGGUUCAGCCGCUGCCGACCAAAAGCAAGAAGGACGAACCACGCGGCGUGAAGUCUGCAGGGGCUCUCAAGAAAGAGGCUGAGAAGAAGUCCGUCAUACCCGCUAAGGGCAAGGGACCAGCAAAACCAUCGUCUGCAUCAAGCCGCGGCAAGAAGGACGACGAGGACUGCACUCCCUUGCUGCCGAACAACAACGCCAAGAACCAAAGAAUCAUCGACGACCAGAAACUAAAAGUACUGAAAUGGAACUUCACGACUCCCCGCGAGGAGUUCUUCGAGCUGCUGAAGGAGCAGAUGGCGACGGCGGGACUCAACAAGCAGCUCAUAGCUAACAUGUUCCACAACGACUUCAGAUACCACCUAAAAGCCAUCGAGGCUCUCUCCGACGAUCUCAACGAGAACGGCUCAGCCCUCAUGGCCAAUCUCGACCUGGUGCUGAAGUGGCUGACGCUGCGCUUCUUCGACACCAACCCGUCCGUCAUCCUCAAGGGCCUGGAGUAUCUCUCGCUGGUCUUCCAGUAUCUGAUGGACAGCGAUUACACCAUGGCGGAGUAUGAGGCUAACUGCUUCAUACCGUAUCUGGUGCUCAAGGUGGGCGACCCAAAAGACACGGUCCGCAACGGCGUGAAGGCUCUAUUCAAGCAGAUCUGCGUGGUGUACUCCGUCACCAAGCUGUUCGGAUACCUCAUGGAGGGGCUCAAGUCCAAGAACGCACGGCAGAGGGCUGAAUGUUUGGAAUGCAUCGGGCACCUGCUAGAGACAUACGGCUCGACAGUGAUGUCCCCAACCGGCGGGGCCGCGUUGAAGGAGCUGGCCCGCCAUAUUGGGGACAGAGAUAAUGCGGUGCGCUCCGCCGCGCUCAAUUGCGUCGCCAGCGCUUACUUCCUGGAGGGGGAGAAGGUGUACAAGAUGAUCGGCCAGAUAUCCGACAAAGAUCUAUCGCUGCUGGAAGAGCGUAUCAAACGCGCUGGCAAGAGUCGCAGCGCAGAAGUGCGGAGGUCUAUGGUCGUGCCACUUUCUGCCUCCGGCAAGCCCAUACAGCAAGUUAUGGAGGACGAGCCGCCGAGACGCGUGAUCUCAGUGGACACGGCGCCCACGGAGUACAUCGAGGAGGAGGAAGAGGAGCAGCCGCCGCCGCCAGUUCAUGUGCCGGCGCCACCAGAGCCCAAACUAAUCAGCGGCCCGUUCGGGCUGGAUCCAGAACUGAUCGCGCAACUGGACGCCGCCGUGCCCGUGCUGCGUAGGCCCGACCUGCCCGAGCUCGACCUCAAGUUCCUCGACGACCCCAUCCCCGUGAGCGGCGUGCGGACCGUGACGCAGCACUCGCAGCCCGCUGGCAGGCACAGCAUGGUGCCAAUGUCGCCGCCUCGCCAUAUGGCGCCGCACCCGCUGGUGUCGUCGGCUCAGCAUUCGCAGUCCUCCAUCGACGACUCACAACUGGCCGACACCAUCCACUCCAUCGCUAGUCCUGAUCUCAAUGCCGCAAUCCGAGCCCUGUCGCUCAUCUCUGGAGCUUUAGUCUCUGGUCGCGGCGCGGCGCUGGCUUCCCACGAGCAGCGUCUAGUGAGCGCUAUAGCGGCGCAAGUGCGGCGCCUGCGCUGCGGCCCGCCGGCUGACGCGCUGCCUGCAUACAAGUAUCUCGCCGGAGCUCUUACUACCUUCUACGAGACAGCGGGCUGCGGGUCACAGGUCGGCGAGCAGGCGCUAUGUUCUCUACUCGGCGAGUUACUCCGCGUGCUGGGAGCCGGCGGCGGCGGGCCCGACGCGGAGCGGCUCGUGCGCAUCCUCAACAACGUGUGCGUGCGCGUGCUCGAGCACUCGCCGCGCACGCACCUGCUGUGGUCGGCGAGCAGGCGCUAUGCUCGCUGCUCGGCGAGCUACAAGGAUACUACUACUACUACCGGAGCGGCUCGUGCGCAUCCUCAACAACGUGUGCGUGCGCGUGCUCGAGCACUCGCCGCGCACGCACCUGCUGUGGUGAGUGCCGGGCUCGGGUCACAGGUCGGCGAGCAGGCGCUAUGCUCGCUGCUCGGCGAGCUACAAGGAUACUACUACUACUACCGGAGCGGCUCGUGCGCAUCCUCAACAACGUGUGCGUGCGCGUGCUCGAGCACUCGCCGCGCACGCACCUGCUGUGGUGAGUGCCGGGCUCGGGUCACAGGUCGGCGAGCAGGCGCUAUGCUCGCUGCUCGGCGAGCUACAAGGAUACUACUACUACUACCGGAGCGGCUCGUGCGCAUCCUCAACAACGUGUGCGUGCGCGUGCUCGAGCACUCGCCGCGCACGCACCUGCUGUGGUCGGCGAGCAGGCGCUAUGCUCGCUGCUCGGCGAGCUACAAGGAUACUACUACUACUACCGGAGCGGCUCGUGCGCAUCCUCAACAACGUGUGCGUGCGCGUGCUCGAGCACUCGCCGCGCACGCACCUGCUGUGGUGAGUGCCGGGCUCGGGUUACAGGUCGGCGAGCAGGCGCUAUGCUCGCUGCUCGGCGAGCUACAAGGAUACUACUACUACUACCGGAGCGGCUCGUGCGCAUCCUCAACAACGUGUGCGUGCGCGUGCUCGAGCACUCGCCGCGCACGCACCUGCUGUGGUGAGUGCCGGGCUCGGGUCACAGGUCGGCGAGCAGGCGCUAUGCUCGCUGCUCGGCGAGCUACAAGGAUACUACUACUACUACCGGAGCGGCUCGUGCGCAUCCUCAACAACGUGUGCGUGCGCGUGCUCGAGCACUCGCCGCGCACGCACCUGCUGUGUGCAAUCGUCUCCCUCCUCCACGAUUCCAUCGGCGUGUCCGAACCUGCCUACCCUCGCUACCAGGACCUGCUCCUCAAGUGCUUCUGGAAGACGCUGAAGAUGAUCUCGACCUGGGACGCCAAUUCGGUGGAUUACGACGCUGUACUGCAUAAGAUACAUCUGUUCUACCGCGCAUAUCCCAACAGCUAUUGGAAGAAGAACCCUGACAUCAGUGAUACUCCGUACAGAACGGUGAAGACACUAGUGCACACUCUAGUCAAGAUGAAGGGCGCGUCAAUAACGAACCACCUUACGCAGAUACCCGACGUCAACGAGUCCGAUCUCUAUCCUUACCUUCUCAAAGUUCUGAAGCAACUGAAGCUAGACGAGAAGAAAGAGAACACAUCGGACGCUCUGAACGGCGGCUCGGUUCUGGCGACGGUGACCCCCAACGCCGCUCUCACGGCUGGCCGCCUGCCGCGCGGGGUCCAUGACGAGCUGGCACUGAUCUUGAAAAGGAUCGGCAGCAAGGAGCAUAACAAACACGCGCUGGCGCAGCUCUACGAUCUGAGGGUAGGUAUAGUCUGGUCCGGGGGGCCCGGUCACAGGCCAGGCUCCUCCUUAAAAAUGACCCUAGAUACGCCUAUGGUGGUGGUCGCUCGCUGCCCGCGGUCUGACGCCGCUCCCCGCCUGCCGCGCGGGGUCCACGACGAGCUGGCGCUGAUCCUGAAGAGGAUCGGCAGCAAGGAGCAUAACAAACACGCGCUGGCGCAGCUCUACGACCUGAGGGAGCGUCACCCCGAAGUGGACAUCUGGACGUUCAUGCAGGGCUCGUCGUUCUACUUCCGCAACUACGUGGAGCGCGGCCUGCGCGAGGUGGCCGAGCAGAGGAAGCUCGCCUCCAUGCCCAUCUACAAGCACGACUACAAGACCGACAGUAUCGAUAUCAGUAAUGAAAACGACGAAAAAUCGCACGUGAUAUUCUUAGAACGACUCAGAGCCCUACAAGCCAAAGCAGGUCUGAAAACCGAGUCGCCGUCGUCACAGCCGCGGACGCCGAUGGGCGACAACCGCUCCCUCGCCGACUCCAUCAACGACAACUCGCUGCCGCGCGCGCACAGCAUCGACCCGCAGCUCGAGCUACACACCACGCAGCCGAUGUCGCAAAAGAACGAGGCAGCAGUCGACGCUCUCCGUCUCAAGCUACAACAAAUCAAAAGCUCCUCUAAGAGAUAAGACUGCCUCACUCGCACGCACCCCGGAAUUGUAGCUCUCUCUCUCACUCACACGUUUGACAUCACACUUGCCUCCGAGAUGAUGAUAAGCGAUUUAACACCUUUCUGCCAUGCGUUAAGAAUGACAUUCACGAGAAACUUGACAAGUUAUAUUUAUUUCUCGAACUUCAAUAAAAAUCCUGUGUUGGCGCUUUACGUAUAAGUUAUAUAAGAACUCAAGUUACAGCUUUGAAGAAAAUAGCUUUAAAAAUACAAAAAAAUAAAUCCUAAAUAUGUUUAGUGUCUGAAUCCAUUUUCUCAUUUAUAAAUCUCACAUGGAUCAUCAAGCCUUGACAAGUAUUUUAAAAUCUUAAUAGUAUUUACUUUAAUGGCCUAUGUGUGUGUCUUAACUACGUCCAAUAUUGUUAUUGUGCCCUCUGCCGAGUCGGAAACUUGACAAUAUGGCAGAACAAUACCGCCAAAAACAGGGUAAAAUGCUUGAAAAAUAAAUUGGUCUUCAACCUUGGUAGGGGGGCACUAGACGAAUUGGUGAAUCGUGAGAUCGUUCUUGAGUACCGAGAAAUUAUAUUUAGGAAAGAUAUUAGUCUAAUAUCUCAUUAACAAUUCAAUUCACUAAAUUAUACGAAAUAAUCCAUCAACUAAUUGCACGAUUAAUCGUCGGUAUGUUAACGAGUUGCGAUCUCGAUUCACUGUGUUCCGAAAUUGUUGUGAAAAUAUGAUAGUUGUCUGUGUGAACAUAAAAGUAUAAUGUAAUGCAACUGUGUGGUGUUUGCUUGCCGUUUGUUGGAUGUCGAUAUUGUUCAUAAAUAAACAUUAUAGUCCGAUAUCGGAAUCACUACGGUAUCGUAAUGUACUUGAAAAUUGCACGAACAUGAGAAAAUCCCAAUCUAUUGUAGAUUUUAUUCCUACUUCAAAGAAACUAAGACCCUAACUUUCUUUAUAUUGAAUAGAUAAAUACAUUACAUUAUGUUUUGAAAUAUACUUUGUCUCUUCAGGCAUACAAAUAUUAAAACAUUAAUUAAAUAAAUGUCAAUCUAUUCAAUAUUAAAGAUGUUUGGGCAAAUGUUUGGUAUAUUAUAUUGGGUACUUUAAAGAAUUCCACUAUAGUAUGCACUAGUGGCACAUUUGUAAAACCUGUUGUGUAAACUAUCUAAAUUAAGCGAACCUGCCCCAUCAUUUAAAAAUCAUUGCAUAGUAUACAAUGCUCUUGUAUUGACGUACUUUGAAGUUAUGCUACUAUCUAUAAUUAUUUAAUUAAUUAUGCCUAUUAAGGAGGUAAAAAGUAACUGACUUAGUUUAUUUUAGUUUACAAACUGCAUUCUUUUAUAAUUCUAUUGAACCUUUAUUUAUUAUUUUGUUCUGAUUUCUGACAUGUAAAUUAUCUUGUAUAUUGAGAAUUCUCGUUUGAUCUUACGCUAUGUGUGCCGAAAGUUAAAAAUAUACCCGUGUCUUUAUAGUCAACACAAUAAUCAAUAUACAAUUUUUAAUGUAACGAAAAUAUUUAGUAAUAGACCAGUAGUGAGAAUUGAUGGAUAUCGGAUAGUUUUGUAUUUAUAGUCAAUGUAGUUUUCAGUGCAAUUGAAAACUAUCAAUUGAUAUGUUAUCCACAGUUGGCGAGUUCGUAGCGCAGUGGUUUGUUCCUCGUUUGGUUCGAAUAUUAUAAUCAUUGUGUUUUGGUUUGAUGUGUUUUAAGACUGUUACGAUUUGCGGUUGGUUUUAAAAUUCAAUACUCAAUUAUUAUUCAAGUUAAUGUUUACUAACUUUUUUGUUAACGAGUUAGGGGGCAACAUGUACUUUUUAAAUAUGCGGACAUUAUUGUAAUGUAGAAUCUAUUUGUCACUGUCACCUCUACUCUCUCAUAGUUUUAAUUAAAUUGUUGAAUUGUAUGCAUGUUUCCAUGUUUCUCAGAUCAUAGACGUGUUUUAAGAUUAUAUUCUUCCCCGCCCUAACUUGUGCAUAGACUAAUGUUUUUUCUACAAUAUUUUUGAUAAUGUGAAAUGUUAACUAGACUUACUGUGUUGUGUUUAUUUGAGAUGGAACGCUCGAUCAUCCAGUAGGUUUAUUAGAAAACUUAGAAGCUGAGAUGAGGCCAUAUUUAUAUUUCGCGACAUUUUACUCCCCUCGUUAUUAGAAAUAUGAAAUCAAACAUUCCCUUCAGUAUUGGUUCUUAAUGUACAAAUUUUUCUCAUCUUAAUAUACAUUUUACUAUAUUUAUCCAUAUUUCAUCUUUUUCAUUUAAGAAUGUUACGUAACUUACGUAAUAUUACUUUACAUAAUAUGCAAAACGAAAAUGGUAUAUUAUUCCUUUUCUAUUUUGAAAACCGUGUUAUUUUGAUUUCAUUGUUAGGAUGGAAUACGGAAUAUGGCAACUAUCAAAAUGCAAUAUUUGGCUCGAAUUUCUGAAGCCUAGAAUUAUGGUGCAGUACCUUCCUGUUAUUUACGAAGUUUCGUUAAAAUAUUUUCAGUUUCCGUUCGUUCAUUUAUGUUAUUAGAUUAAUUACUAUUAUUCUCUAGUUAAAAAUAUUUUGCGUUUCAUACUGAUAUUUGACGUCAUUAAUUUUACUAUUGUGAGCAUUUAUUUAUUGUAUGUAAAUUAAUAUUGUAAAAUCAUGAUGUAAUAAUGAUAAAUAAAGUUCAUACAACACUAAA